AUAAAGACAGCACUCUGGAGGAGUGGUCUUCAAUCUCCUCUAAAGGAUUUAGAGUUGAAUUCACCAUCACACUCGAAACACACACACUCACACACACACACCUGCUGUGGAUAUGCCGUUCACUGUUGUACUGGAUGGACCCGUGCCGUGGGGCUUUCGACUUAUUGGAGGACAGGACUUCAGCCAACCCCUUACCAUCGCCAAAUUAUCACCAGGAAGUAAAGCUGCCAGAGUCAACCUCUCUCCUGGAGACAUCAUCUUAGCAAUAGAUGGAGUUUCUGCAGAAAACAUGAUGCACUCGGAGGCUCAGACUCUAAUCAAGGAUGCCACCCAUCAGCUCACACUUACUGUUGAGAGACCAGAGACUAAGUUGUGGUCACCAAAUGUCGCUGAACACAACAAAAGCCAUCCAUUUAAAAUGAACCUAGAGGCAGAGAGACAAGAGUACACACCAAUAGGAACAGGCCAUAAUCGAAGGGCUUCGCCCUUUGUGGCCGCAGCCAACAUCGAUGAAACGCGUCAGGUGGUGAGCCCAACCUACAACUCCCCUAUUGGCCUUUACUCUUCAGGCAAUAUCCAAGACGCCUUACAAGGACAGCUCAAGGGCCUCAUCCAUAACAAACCAGAAAGUCCCAGGAAGCUUAGCAAUAUAGAGGAGUCCGAUGUAUAUCGGAUGCUGCAGAGAAAUGAAGAUAAAGAUGAGCCCCAUGAACCACGACAGUCGGGAUCCUUUAAAGCCCUACAGAGCUUUAUCAACAGUGAGGGUACACAUCCAUUAGUGACAAGGAAAGUCUGUGCCCCCACGACCAAGUCAUCUGCUCCGGCGGGGAACUUGCACAAGCUACCGAUGUGUGAUAAGUGUGGUAACGGCAUAGUUGGGACGGUUGUGAAGGUUCAGGAUAAGUUUCGUCAUCCGGACUGUUUUGUGUGCACCGAUUGUGAGGAAAAUCUAAAGCAGAGAGGGUACUACUUCAUAAAUGAUGAGCUAUACUGUGAAACCCACGCUCAUGCCCGGGCCAAACCUCCUGAGAGUCCCGACCUUUGACCUUCUCGUCGUUCUUCUGAUUGCAUGAGGGCACCAACUGCAACUCAACUACUCAGUGCAUGAACAUCUUGUUUUAACCACAGACACAAAAGUUUUACCACAAUUCAUGCACAAUCAUGUCAACCAAAUACUGAGAGACACAUUUAUGGAUAGUGCAUUGUCAUGUCAUGUGUGCUAUUUUGCACUUUGUAGGAAUAGGGUGUGUUGACUGAAAUAAGUUUGUAUGAAUAAAGGUUUUGU